AAACAAACGUUUUGAACGGGACUCGUGUCACGCGCCUGUGUGGGGCGUUGCUAGGCAACCCCUGCCUUGUUGCUAGCGAAGGGCAGCUAGCGUGAACCUAGCUACGUGUGGACCCACUAAAGCUCCUCCAGACGCCAUGUCGGCGGCCGAGGCGCAGGCUAACAUCGGUAAGGUGCUCGGCUUUCUCCGGGAGUGGGACCGCGGCGACGCUUCGGCCCGCAGCCGCAUGCUGCGCACCUUCGUGAGCCAGAACUCUGGGAAGACGUUUUAUGAGCUGGAGCUGCAGUUCGCCAAGGUGGCCAGUCUGUUUCUGGCCAGACUCACCACGUGGAUGAGACUCACAUACAUGUUUGGCACUUACUUGGGACUCCAGCUUAAAGCUACUGGGAUUUUCCUGUCCACAUUAAGCCAUGAUCAGUACCUGACGGAGUUCCUGGAGGACGGAGGCGUCCUCACGCUGCUGGACGUCCUGAGACAGGCCCAGAGCACAGAGCCCGACAGGGCAGAAGCCCUGCGCCUUCUGCUCAGCGUCUCCAACGCUGGCCGCAGGUACAAGGUGAUCGUCUGUAAAAGCCAAGGUGUGAAAGUCACAGCGGAGUGUCUGACCAAGUCAAACUCUGUGGAAACCCAGGAGACGGCGUGUGCCCUGCUGGAGUCUCUGUCCCAUGGAAAUCCUGAAUACCAGGAGCAGAUCUACAAAGCUCUCAUUGCCCUGAUGACCUGUAGCUCUCCUAAAGCCAAGCAGCUGGUCCUGCACACUUUACACACUGUGCAGACUAGGCUGAAGACAGCUCAUCACUGGAUUGUGGAGCCUCUGCUGAGUGUGCUCAGGUCUCUGCACCUGGAUGUGCAGGAUGAAGCCAUUAAUCUGAUAUUAGAGCUGAAGCGUUAUGAUGUGAGACCAGUAUUGCUGAGUAGCCUGGUGGCUCUGCUGAGGCCUCCUAAAGAAGAACAGCAGCACCCAAACAUAGAAGUAUGUCUUAUUUCAGAGUCAAGUUUAAUCGAUCAAAUCAAGAUGACUGGAUCACUGCCUGUGUUUGUGCAGCAAGCGGCUGCAGCUAAAGCUUUACGGCUGUUGGCUGAGGAUGACCAGGAACUGUCUCGUGAGAUUCUGUCUCUUGGGGUCACCCAACAUCUUCUGUUUUGCAUGGGCAACAGGGAGCAUAUUGAUGCUCAAAUACAAGCCAGUCUGACCUUAGAACUCUUUGUCCAUUCGUUUCCAUUUAUUGAGGAACAUGUACAGAGAGUCAUGGGCAGCACCCUGUUCACGGCAUUUAAGCACAAUGCUGGGACCUUGUACACUGAAAUAGAUGACACACUAGCAGAAAUGCUCUUAUCUAACAAGGUUGACAUACCUGAAGUUUUAGAUGGGGAACUCUGAAGGCUGACCAGAUGAAAUCUAAUUUAAUUUCUAAGUUUAAUUAUUCAGAAUUAAGAAAACUGUCUCUAAAUACUGUAUACACUAAUAAAAGAAAAUAUAAAUGUAAAAA